UUUCCGCAGAUGCCGGAAGUGUCGGGUAGUGGCGGAAGUGAAGUCCGCGGCCCUGGGUGGAGACACGAGUAAGGUCAGGGCCGAAUCGGAAAGGCGGGAGAUGGGACCGGUUAAUCCAGAAAGACUGCGGCAACGGCAGGCGCGACAGCACGGUAGGGAAAGCGAGGGAAAGAAGGCUGCGCUCGCACCAGGAAGCGGGGCAGCGGAGCUUCCGGCGCAGAGCAGCCGAGACUACGGCGGCCGUGCAGGUCCGUCUCCUUCUAGCCGUGUGCUCGCGGCGGCAGUCCGCCCCGCCCCGUUUGGUUUCUAGCCGGCCUCCCAGGCCUGCGCAGUCGCGGCGGCCGGGGAAGAUGGUGGAGGACGGCGCGGAGGAGCUGGAGGACCUGGUGCACUUCUCCGUGUCCGAGUUGCCUAGUCGCGGCUACGGCGUCAUGGAGGAGAUCCGGCGGCAAGGCAAGCUGUGCGACGUGACGCUCAAGAUUGGGGACCACAAAUUCAGUGCCCACCGGAUCGUCCUAGCGGCCUCAAUCCCGUACUUCCACGCUAUGUUUACAAAUGACAUGAUGGAGUGCAAGCAGGAUGAGAUUGUAAUGCAAGGAAUGGACCCAAGCGCCCUGGAGGCUCUGAUCAACUUUGCUUACAACGGCCACCUUGCCAUUGACCAACAAAAUGUGCAGUCGUUGCUGAUGGGGGCGAGCUUCCUGCAGCUGCAGAGCAUCAAGGACGCCUGCUGCACGUUCCUCCGAGAACGCCUCCACCCCAAAAAUUGCCUGGGUGUACGCCAGUUUGCUGAGACGAUGAUGUGCGUGGUGCUGUACGAUGCGGCCAACAGCUUCAUCCACCAGCACUUUGUGGAGGUGUCCAUGUCAGAAGAAUUCCUGGCCCUGCCCUUGGAAGACGUGCUUGAGCUGGUGUCUCGGGAUGAGCUGAAUGUAAAAUCUGAGGAGCAGGUCUUUGAAGCUGCGUUGGCCUGGGUCAGAUACGACCGGGAGCAGAGGGGGCCCUGCCUGCCUGAGCUGCUGUCCAAUAUCCGCCUACCCCUCUGCCGGCCCCAGUUCCUGUCGGACCGUGUGCAGCAAGAUGACAUGGUGCGUUGCUGCCACAAAUGCAGGGACCUGGUAGACGAAGCGAAGGACUAUCACCUCAUGCCAGAGCGCCGGCCCCACCUGCCGGCUUUCAGAACUAGGCCUCGCUGCUGCACAUCCAUCACUGGCCUUAUCUACGCCGUGGGGGGCCUCAACUCAGCAGCAAAUUUUUAUGCAGGUGAUUCCCUGAAUGUGGUAGAAGUAUUCGACCCCAUCGCCAACCGCUGGGAGAAGUGCCAUCCCAUGACAACAGCCCGCAGCCGUGUCGGUGUGGCUGUGGUGAACGGGCUUCUGUAUGCCAUCGGAGGGUAUGAUGGCCAGCUACGGCUGAGCACUGUGGAGGUCUACAACCCAGAGACGGACACAUGGACCAGAGUGGGGAGCAUGAAUAGCAAGAGAAGUGCCAUGGGGACGGUCGUGCUGGACGGGCAGAUCUACGUCUGUGGGGGCUACGAUGGCAACUCUUCUCUCAACUCUGUGGAGACCUACUCACCCGAGACAGACAAGUGGACGGUGGUUACCCCGAUGAGCUCAAGUCGCAGUGCUGCUGGGGUGACGGUGUUUGAGGGCAGGAUAUAUGUGUCAGGUGGCCACGACGGUCUGCAGAUCUUCAACAGUGUGGAACACUACAACCACCACACAGCCACCUGGCAUCCAGCGGCCAGCAUGCUCAACAAGCGUUGCCGGCACGGAGCCGCGUCCCUGGGAAGCAAGAUGUUCGUCUGUGGGGGCUACGACGGCUCGGGCUUCCUCAGUAUCGCUGAGGUGUACAGCUCCGUGGCAGACCAGUGGUGCCUGAUCGUCCCCAUGCACACGCGCCGGAGUCGGGUCUCCCUGGUGGCCAGCUGUGGGCGUCUCUACGCUGUCGGGGGCUAUGAUGGACAGUCAAACCUGAGCUCGGUGGAGAUGUAUGACCCGGAGACGGACCGCUGGACGUUUAUGGCCCCCAUGGCGUGUCACGAGGGAGGGGUUGGCGUGGGCUGCAUCCCCCUCCUCACCAUCUAAGGCAGAGGCAGGGGAUGUGGCGGGGUAGGGAUCUGGUACAGGCACAGGCACUCCCUUCCAGGGACAGGCCCCCUUGGGAGAGGUGGUAGACCAGGGGACGGGGUAAAUGUGAGCUUGCUGGAGGUACAGCCUUUCCAAGUGCUCACAGCCUCCCUCACUGUGCUGCCCUUGUGACCGUCAAGCCUAGGUCACCAAGAUGCACAGCGUGGGACUGAGCCCCUCCGGGUUCCACAGCUGGUGGCAUGGGACUGCUUUGCUGGUCCACGCGUACACAGGCUCCAUCCAAGUCGGCCUCCUACCUGCCACUUGGCAGAAAGCCUGCCAUCUGACGCUCUUCCUCGCCUGCUGUUCUGGCCACGCGGUGGCCAGCUUGCAAUGGGGUAGCUGCAGUGGCCAAGACUGCUGGAAGCUGGGGUGUGGCUAGGGGAGGAAGGACACGCCCCAGGGGCUCUCGUUGCCUGUGGCGGUGCAGCCACAGCAACAUGCCCGUUGCACACAAGCACCUCCCUCUUCCAUCUUAGGGCACAGAGGACUUCGUCUUCAUUGCUGGGUGACCAGGGAGAGCAGAAGCUUUUCCUGAAUUUUGGAAUUUUAACGAGGUCUUUUUCAUCUUGUUCAGGAGAAAUAGAAGGAGAAAAAAGAUACUUGAAAGAAACCGAAAGAUAUUUAAACAACGAAACAGUUGAAAGAAACUGGAAAGAAAAAUACCUUUUUUUAAGUGAACAUUUUUUGCGAGUAGAAGGCAUUAGAAGACACUAAAGGCAAAUGUGAGUUUAAAUGGAAAACUGCCCACCACGAAAAAGGGCGGCAUCCACUCCCACAUUCGGGUCCCAGGGUCCUGAGGCCUCGCACAGCACUUGGGGUUGCCUCUGAGCCCUCACGUGUCUGGGGUCAGUACGCUCUCCACUGGUCCUCUAGCAAGGUGCUCAUGGGGUUUGUACUCACACUCACCAUCAGAGGACUUUUUUAAUUGUAGGCUUAGUGAAUCGGCUCAAUUACGGCCACUCUUCUAGGGGAGAGUUUCCAGCUGGUCGCCAGAGGCUCCAGGGUGCCCCUGUGGUCACCUCCCACUGCCACCAUGGCGCUCACUCAGACUCUCCGCCCCUACUUUCAUUCCUCAUAUGACCAGCAAGGAGACAGCAGGUCUGGCCAGAUUCUCGCCCGUCUAUCAUUCUCGGAUAGUUUUCCUCGUUGCGAUACUUCUGGGGCACAUUGACCAUUUGUACCUCUAGAACCUAACCAGGGACUUGGUCCUUCCACCAGCCAUGGCUGGCUUGGUCCAGUAGCCUCGUCUACCCUCCAGUCCACUGCUCCUCCAUCCACUCGCCAAUUCCAGGGGUCUGGCCUCCCUCCAGCCCUUGGCAGACCGACCAGCAAGGUGGACCUUUACACUCAAGCAAAGCUGACUUUAUGGCAAAGAACUAAAGGCCGAAAGAAUCUCUUGCUGCUGCAAAGAACAGAUUUUAUAUUUCUUCUUCUGAUCUUAGCAAAUGACCUCUUGAAGAGACUCCAUGCUCCUUCCUCCUCCUCCCUGAACAGGACCUUGACGUCACACAGCAGGGCCUGAGCAGGAGGACACUUCUGUUACCAGUGCACUGGGCAGUGGGGCUGGGCUUCAGCUGCUGCUGCCAAAACCUGGUUUUCUAAACUGCUUCCAGCACAGACUAAAUGAGGACACAGUUCCUUUAAAGCAAGACUGGGUCUUAGGAUCCCAUUCUCUGCCUGGCUGGUCUCCUGUCCCUUGCUGCCUACUAGGGUGGCCUGGAAGCCUGUUCAGAAAGGCACAGUGUGGAUCCUGAGACGUCUUUUCCACCCCCACACCACAAGGUUUACGAGUGUGUGCAAUCGCCACGUAUCCAGAAGGAUGUACCUUUGUUACCUGCCACUUAGGAGCCGGGCCUCUGCUACAAGCACUUGAAAAUGAUGUUUUUAUUUCAAAAGACCCAACAGUCUGAUGUAGUUUCACCUGGGCUCGUGGUGGAGCCUCAGCAUUUCUCUCUCACUCCCUCUGGGUUUGCCUACAGAAGUAGACUCGGAAGGCGGUUGGGUCUGCGUUUCCUGUUAGAGAGGCGUGUGUCAGUGCUCCUCUUAUUAUCAGAAGCCCUUUUAUGAACUAGAAGCAGUCCUGGCCAUCCCAGAUUGUGGAGGGGUUAAGGAUCAGUCAGUGGGCUAAUGAGGGGGCCUCCCGGGCCCUCAGGAUGCUGGCACGAAUGUUGCCAUUGAGGCUGAUAGAUGAUUUCCCCACCAUCUGCUGCUCUUGUAGUGGCCUUCCUGAGUCCACUCCCACCUCCUGGUGUGGAAGUUAACACUGCUGCACCCGGGGCCAGUGCUUUGAUCUGGGUGGGCUGUGAGCACGAGUGAGCCAACACCAACAUUUUCACACUCUUCCAGCCAUCGCUUCCUCAGUCUGAGGGGGGUGUUUGCAAAUGACUGGGCUGGCUCUUUGGGGUUGGAGCCUUUCCAGUAGCCCUGUGAAAAGAAGAGUCCUCACCCAAGGAUGUUGUGAAAAGCGUGUAACUAGGGGGUAGGAGAGAUGUCAUGCUCAGUGGACCUUGGGGUCCAGCCCAGCUGUGAGCACGGGAUUGUGGCACUCAACGUCCUUGGGCAUUUCCCCUCCUCAGAUAACACACAGAGCCUUCUGGGUUUCACCUGAGAUCAAAGCCAGGAUGGGAGCUGAAGACCAGCCUUUUGGUCACAGAGAUGGAAGUAGGUAGAAAUUCUUCCCACCCCCCCACCCCCCGGCAGUUUAACCUUUCCCAGAAAAUCUUAUUUCCUUUUAUUUAUAGAACGCAUGUCUUUUGUGUUAAGAAACCAAAGAAAAAUAAAAAGUACACUCCUAAUAUCUUCUUGUCCUUUCUUGUUGUAUUUUUUAAAUAUUAGAAGUAAAUCAUGUUUUUAUUGAAGUUCAGUGAAAAGAUAUAUUGGACAAAGUAAAAACAUUCCUGUGAAAAUAAGGGAAGAGCCAGAUGUAUAGCAAAAUCAGUCUUUGGAGAGACACCUGUAUGUUUUAUAAGAAUGAGUUCGGGUGAAAAAUACACAAAAGUCUUCGCUAGCAUGUUGCGUAUUUGCUGCUGUGCAGAUCAGCACUCUUCUUGGAUUUCCCCUUUUCUUCGCUCAGUGCCGUAAAACUCCAGAGUUCCCUGGCAGAGUGCGGCUAGCCUGUCUACUGCCGAGAACCCAGACGGCUCCUUAAAACUCUGGGCCAGAGGUGCUUAACUUCGGUGUACAUAAAAGUCCCUAACAAAUUCUUAAACCACACGCUGAUUCACAGAUCCCUCCUGUGGGACCAACGGCUGGGGUGCAGCUCGGGCACACGGGCACAGGCAGAUUUCCAUGGUGGUUUGUCCACUCCUCAAAGUGUGAGAGACCCACUCAAAGUGGACUCCUGUGUUUAAUUUCCACUUCUCCAAAUACAGCCACAUUCCAGAGCUGCCUUCCUGAGAUUACACCCUGGUCACUGUGGUUGUGGAUGUCAGGAAACUUCAUUCACACUUUCCCGAAAGCCAGCUACAGUCAGUCCUAUCUAGUGGGUAAGGAUUAUGCUUGAACGGCAACUUUUAUUUUUCAAGACUUUAGAAGGGUAGGUCUCUCCCACGUACAUCCCACCAGCACGUUUCACACAUAAACACUAUUGAUUCUCACCAGGUCCCCUCAGGAAUCCCCACAGGGUAGGUUGCGUGGCUCAUUUUAGCAUAAAGAAAGAGCUUCAGAAGGGCCGAGUAACUGACCUGAUUCAUCAGCUAACUUGUAGUGUUUUCAAGAAUUGUGACCGGAUUUCCACUCAGUCCAGCUUGCCGGAAGGGAACAGCGUCUGACCUUUGCAAGCAGCUAGUCCAUCCGGCCUCGUGCUGUGUGUGGAGGGUGGUUGCCUAGUACCGUGACGGACCUUGGAGAAGACUGGGCAGUGAGGGAAAAGGAAGAACUCAUCGGAUUAUAGAGGCAAGCACCCUUGUGCUGAAGCAGAGGAAGCCAGACUAUCUGUGGGCUCUGUGCUAGGGGAGAAAAGUCUCUAAAAUAAGAGCUGCCCUUUCCAUGUAAUCUACACCCUCUUGCUCAGAACCAAAGCGCCCAUGGGUGAAGAGUGGACUGUGACCUUUAUUCAGCUAGAUUCAUCUGCUUGACUUCCCAUGUCCUUUCGUUGUUCCGUGGACUCCUCUCCCCUCACAGCCAACAGCAGAGCCUGCCCCUCUUCACCCCAAAGCAAGCAGUACUGUUUUCUGCUGCUGCUCCCGAUCACGUAACAUGACACAACCAAAAACUGACAACGGGGGGUUCUCAUAGUGAUUACCCCAGACUUGCUGUUCCCAAUUUCAUCUUUAGUGGUACAUAGAUAUUUUUCUCUGUAAUGGAGCUCAGUUCCCUAUUCUGUUUUUCUACUAGCUUUGCAGUUCAGGAUAAAAGCCCAAACUCCAUAGCAUGGCACAGAAGGCCACCGUGAUCUGGCACUUUUUCUCACCAGGUUCCCUGAAAUCGUCCUUCAGGGUGUCAGUUUAGAUGUCACCCCUGCAGGAAAGCAUCUCUCGUCAGCCUGGUGCCCCUUCUCUGUGCUUGUCCCCGCUGUAUCCCACCAGGGCAAUGGUCUGUUUGCUUGCCUUACCUGGUAGAUGGGGUCUUUUGUUGUGUACCCAGCACCAGGCACAUAGAGGAGGCGCAACAACUGUGUUUCUUGAACUUGAGGACACUCGGGUAUAUCAGAUUCAAAGGUUGCCUAAUCAUGCUUCUCUCUCUAUUCUUCCUCAAUCUCCCAUCACUAAGUUUUUCAUAGUUUUAGUGAGGCAUAAUCUGCAUACCUUAACACUGACCCAUUUUAAGCACUCAACGAUUUUUAUAUGGAAUUAUCCCAUUUUAGAAUACUUUCAUCAUUUUGAAAAGUUCCCUCAUGCCCACGUGCAGUUAGUCCCCCCUUCACUCUCAUCCUCAGGUAACCACUAUUUUGCUUUCUAUAUCUUAUAGAUUGGCCUAUUCUGGACAUUUUAUUUAAAUGGAAUCCUAUCAUAUGUGAUCUUUUGUGUCUGGCUCUUUUAGAAUGUUUUAGGGGUUCAUCUAUGCUGUAGCAUGUAUCAGCAGCUUGUUUCUUUUAUUGUUCCUGAAUAGUAUUCCACCGCAUGAAUACACCCUAUUUUUUUUUUUUUCACUAAUUGAUGAGUAUUUAGAUUGUUUCCAGUUUGUGGCUGUUACGAAUACUACUAGAAUGACGUACAAGUCUUAGUGGACACACAUCUUCAUUCCUGUUGAGUAGAUUCCUAGAAGAUUGCUGUCACAUGGUAAGUGAAUGUUCAACUGUUUAAGAAACUGAUGAGCAUUUCCAAAGUAGUUGUGCAUUCUACAUUCAUGUCAGCAGUGUAUGAGGGUUCGGGUUUCUCCACAGCCUUGCCAAUUUUGUAAUUGUCUCUCUUUGAUUAUAACUGUUCUUUUUUUGUUGCUGUUUUCUAAU